GUCACUCCCGACGUCUGCGAUCCACCAACCGGUAGGCAGCCAAUCAGCGGGCGGCUCUGGGGCAGGAUUGAGCGCUCCCAUUGGUGGGCGACAAGAACCAGUCAUCACCCGAUCCAGCCCAGGUCAUGAAACCUGAUAAGAACAUGGCGCGUCUAACUAAGAGGCGACAAGCGGAUACAAAAGUCAUUCAGUACUUAUGGACGGCUAUAGAAGUUAUCAGGAAUCAGAAACAGAUUGCAAAUAUUGAUCGAAUUACUAAGUACAUGACCCGUGUUCAUGGCAUGCACCCGAAGGAAAUUACACGCCAGCUAAGCCUAGCAGUAAAAGAUGGCUUGAUAGUGGAGACACUUACUGUCGGAUGUAAGGGAUCUAAGGCUGGUAUAGAGCAGGAAGGUUACUGGUUACCAGGGGAUGAAACCAUGAAACAUCACCAAAUUCACGGAAGAGAGGGAAAAUCAGUGAAUUCACCUGAGGAAUGGGAGGCAGAAACUCAUGACUGGUAUUGUUUUGAAUGUCAUUCACCCGGAGAGGUGAUGAUAUGUGACCAGUGUUUUCGUGUCUACCACCCAAAAUGUUUACCCGAUGAUUUAAGACUCAGGGAUAGCAGUAAUCAUUGGCAGUGCCCCAUCUGCAAGACUAUGAAAAAGAAAAACGCUAACAAGCAGGAGAUGGGUAAAUACCUUCGAUUCAUUGUGUCCCGUAUGAAGGAGAGGGCGAUUGAACUGAACAAGAAAGGAAAGGACAGUAAACAUCCCAUGUACAAGCGGUUGGUGCACACAGCCAUCGAUGUGUCCACCAUUAAUGAGAAAGUAAGUGAAGGAAAGUAUAAAAGUUACGAAGAGUUCAAAGCUGACGCCCAGCUUCUUCUCCACAACACCAUUAUCUUUUAUGGAGAUGACAGCGAGCAGGCUGAUGUGGCAAAGGUUCUGUACACGGACACCUGUCAUGAGUUGGAUGAGCUGCAGUUGUGCAAAAAUUGCUUCUUUUUGUCGAAUGCCCGGCCUGACAAUUGGUUCUGCUAUCCAUGUAUCCCUAACCAUGAACUGGUCUGGGCCAAGAUGAAAGGCUUUGGCUUCUGGCCUGCUAAGAUCAUGCAGAAGGAGGACAAUCAAGUGGAUGUUCGUUUUUUUGGCCAUCAUCACCAAAGGGCCUGGAUUCCAUCAGAGAAUAUCCAGGAAAUUACAGUCAAUGUUCAUCAGCUGCAUGUAAAGCGAAGCAUGGGCUGGAAAAAGGCCUGUGACGAGUUGCAACUGCACCAACGCUUCCUACGUGAAGGCCGAUUCUAUAAAUCCAAGGGAGAAGAUAAGGGGGAGGAAGAAGCAGAAUCGAGUAUCUCAUCGACUAGUAAUGAACAGAAGGCAACUCAGGAACCAAGAGCCAAGAAGGGGCGUCGCAACCAGAAUGUAGAACCCAAGAAGGAAGAUCCAGAGCCCGAACCUGAGACGGAAGCCGUGAGCUCGAGCCAAGAAAUCCCUUCUCUGCCACCGCCAGUUGAAAAGGUGUCUGUCUGUACACAGACAAAGAAGCAAAGUGCCUCGUCUCCAAGAAUGUCGCACCGCAGCACACAAACCAACAAUGACGCCGCGUGUCAGAACAUGUGUCACGACAAGUACAGCAAGAUCUUCAAUGACUUCAAAGAAAGAAUGAGCACAGACAACAAGAGGGAGACCGAAAGAGCUGUGCGAGAAGCCAUUGAGAAGCUGCGAACAGAGAUGGAGGAGGAGAAGAGACAAGCAGUUAGCAAAGCCGUGGCCAAUAUACAAGGGGAGAUGGACAAAAAGUGCAAACAAGUGAAAGAAAAGUGCAAGGAAGAGUUUGUUGAAGAAAUCAAGAAGCUGGCAGCACAACACAAGCAGCUGAUAUCCCAGACCAAGAAGAAGCAGUGGUGCUACAACUGUGAAGAGGAGGCAAUGUACCACUGCUGCUGGAACACCUCUUACUGCUCCAUUAAGUGCCAGCAGGAACACUGGCACGCUGAACACAAGAGAACCUGUCGCAGGAAAAGAUGAAUCCUUCCCUCCCUCUUGUGUUGUUUUCUUCAUAUCUCUCCUCAAACUCUGUGUUUUGUUUUUAAUAUCCAAGAUGCCGUUCUCGCUUACUAUCCUUAUACCAUUUCCAAAGCAGCCCGUAGUUCGCCCAGUACUGGAAGAUAUGACACAACUCCUGUACUGAAGUGCCGAACUCUUUACUCCACAGCAGAAAUAUUUGGCACAAUCCUCCGUGUGCUUGUAUUCAGUCUCUAACCUGUUUGCUGCCAGAGGAUCCCGCAGUGUGUUUUUAUUUCUGAUAAGUGCAUGACAUCUCUUCUGAAAACAGCCGAGGUUAGACGUCGUUCCUUCCCGUACUAACACGUGAGAAGUUGGAAGUGCGUUUUACAUUCAUAUUGAAAUAUUUUGGCUAAUACACAGUAGUUUUUUGCUAGUCGAAUUUGCAUUUCAGGUUUAAGGCAUUUUGAGUUUUUUAAACGUUUUAAUGUUUUAAAGUAAUUUUUAACAAAUAUGUGUCAGCCAAGCGACAGGUCUUAAUCUCCCCCCUAUAGAAGCAGAGGGAAAAAAGGCACCCUAAUUUGGUCUCAUGGAGUAACCCUGGACCACAAAUUUAGCUGAUAGCAAAGAUCAAUUCACAUUGAGCCAAAUGUGUGGUGCCAGUCAGUUCUUGGUGGAGCUGUGAAUGUAAAGAAAACCUAAAGGGAGGGGGGGGGGGAUAUAUUACUACCUUUUUAAGUAGAAAAAAAAGCCUCACGUCUGAAACCUGCCAAGCUUGUGUCAUUACGUUCCUUCUACUUUGAAAGGCAUUAUGAUAUUUUAGUUGUUCUGUACCAGGGGGUUUUAAGAUUUUUGGGAACAGGGUUCAUACAAAGCAAGAAAUGUUUUUUUUUUCUUGCCUAUUUUAUUUGUAAAAAUAUAUCCCAUGUUUGUUCAUUACUUAUUUUCAAUAUAUAAACUUUUAUAAAGAAAUGAAAUAUAUUAACUUUGAUUGCAUAGUUUUAAAUACUGGUAAUCUUCUCUUAGUUCAUAGGCGUUACUUUUACAAUUUGCACAGUUCAUAGUCCUAUGGAGGCACACUAAAAAGAGACAAUUCAUCCCAAGAAUCACCCUUGGACAACUUCUUACAGGGUUUAUUGAGCGCUCGCGUGUGCUGUUAUUGUACCUUAGAAAUAGUUCACCUGUUCACAGAAAUGCUAGGCAUGCACGAUUGUCACCUAGGGGCGUUAAUCGGGGGUCACCUUGCUCUGGGAAUCUUUGAUUGACGUCCUGAAUAUACCGGGGCUUCAUAAGUAGAAAAUGUGAUUUACUUAUGUAGCUUUCUGUAUUGGAUUUCUAGUGUUGCAGGUUUUUAAUCUUUCAUGUCACACUAAGCAUGCACAUGAUCAGGGCACUACUGCCAUGUAAGCUAAUACAAUCAGAAUGUGCAUCAAUGUGUCAUAGGUAGUAGCUGAUUUUGCAACAAAUUACAAUGUAAAUUUUACUAGGAGGCCUACGCCAUAGUAUGGAGACAUUAAAACCGAUAAUCAUUCUGUAGGCAACUCUUGGUUAAACUGCAGGUCACCUAUGCAGCUAGUUCUUUUUAUUGUUUCAAGGGAUCAAGGAUUAUACAAGCAUGGCUGCUUUCCUCCAGAGAGAGAACAGCGCCAUACAUGUCCAUGUCUAAUAUGAAACUGAGCUUCAUGUCAAUAAAUAGUCUUGGACAGGUUUGGUGCUGUUUCUGGAAAAACAAACAAAGCAAUUAUGUUUUUGUAAUCUUGACCCCCCCCCCCUUUAAAUGGGUUAUUCAGGAAUCGAAAAACAGAGCACUUUUUUUUUUUUAACGCUUCCGGUCUGUCCCCAGGUUGUGUGUGGCUUUACAUAUUACAACUUGGCUCUAUUAACUGCAAUGGAAUGGAGCUGCAAAGCCACACCCAACCUGGAGACAAACGGGAAGUAGUUUUUAAAAGAAAUUAGCUCUGUUUUUCAAUUCCUAGAUAAGCCCUUUAAUGUAUCUACAACUAUAAAGAAAUUAUCUUUCUUAAAUUCUUUAUAAAAAAUCUACAAUUUUGUGUCCACAGCUCUUAUAGAGACCAUUGUGUCUAGAAACUUACUUUCUCUUUGCACAAAUCUCUCUCUAAUGUGCAGGACUCGGCUGUAAGAAAUGAAGAAAAUGUAUGGAAAGUUUGUUGCAGCAUAAAACAAUGACUUUAGCAUUUAGAUAAUCUUUAAAGGGGUUGUCCCGUGAAAGAAACAGCCUGUGCAUGGUGUCAGCAAUUAUAAUAACACAGCUUACUAAUAUAGUGUUACUAGUCAUAGUGCACAGAUCUUCCAUAUGAGCUGAGUUGUCUGGUUUAAAGCUGUCACGUCACAUUCUGUGCAUGCAGUCUGUUCCUUCCCUGCUCUCCUUUCCUGUCUGCUUGGAAGGAGGCCAUUGAUGUCAAGGGGGUGGCUCAUAUUACUGCUCAUUAGUUUUAUGACCCCUUUAGAUAAUGCAGCAGGAAGCCUUUUUUGUCACAUUAGUUUCUGUCAGAAUAGGCUCAAUGCUGUCUUAUAGAAGUAAUCCUAAAUCUAAUGGCCAGUAGUAUGAGUUCCCCCUUCACAUCACCGGACUUGUCUUGAGCAGGGAGAAGGGACUGGAGCAGACUGCAUUCAGAGUGUGUGACUUGGCAUCAGAGCUACAAGCCAGACAGCUCAGUUAAUAUGGAAGAUCUGUGUAGGAUGGCCAAUAAUGUUGCUUUAAAAAAAACUUUUUUUUUUUUCAUAAAACAUACACAUUUUUUAUUUUUUUGCUGGACAACACCUUUAACUCUCAUCUAUCAUGCGACCUUAGCUAAAGCAUCCACUUAGCAAAAUCACCACCUAAGCAUCUGAGAUCUACCAGAUGCUUAAGGGGUUCUUGUCAUAACAAAAAAUAAAUAAAAACAAGCACUUUUUAGGAUCUGAUAGAUCAUUGGCACUUGUGGUUUUGCUGGUCUAAGUGUCAAUGAUUUUCCAGAUGCUUUAGUAAGUGUUCUAUGUUAUAAUAUAAUAUGGGCACAUUUUACUUCAAAUGCUGGGCCUAUAUGUCUCCAUGGUAACCGCUUUGUGUUGUCUGAUUCUGCAGUCAUACUAGCAUCUAUCUGUCCCCUAUUUUUUAGGAACCUACCAAAAAUAUAUUAGUAAGAAGUAGGGGACAGCUAGGAGGGAAGUAUGACUUUACGGGAUCAGACUACACAGGGAUGUAUUUGUAGUCUGUAACCAUGGAGAUACAGCGACCUGCAUAGACAAAACAAUAGACCCAAAACAAUAGGAUUUUUUUUUUAAUGAAGUCAUUUAGUUUUUUCAAUGUAGAUGCAUUGGAACAAUAAAAAGUAAAAUAUUUGUGCGCAGGUAUGAAUUACCUAGGAUUAGUCAGAGGGAUGCUGAACCGAUCAGGAAGCUAUAUGAUGUAUUUUUGUGCAUUUUUAGUUCAUUCCCAACCUGCUAUAAACAGGUAGGAGCUGCCUUGAUGUUGGGGCCCCUGAUGUCUACAGUCAGAUACACAGCAAUUACUGUCAGGAUCUCUGAGGAGCCGACGCUUCCUCCACACAGUAAAGAGUAAUGCAUGCCAGUUCUCUUGUAAAAUAUCAGUUUUUACAACAUCUUCAGAGCAUUAACCAUAGGAAUGGAUCGAUAGUUGAAAUUAGUGCUGGGUGGUAUGACCAAAAAUGUAUAUCACAGUAUUUUUCAAAAUUUUGGCGGUUUUACUGUGUUUAACGGGGGGGGUCCUUAGUAUAGUGUCAGAUGGUUGGGGGUCCUCACCAUGGUAUCCGGGGUCUCGGUCAGGUUGCCUAGUAACUCUCCUCCACGUCUCUGCAGUUCUGCUCUAUUUUUCUGGUGGUCGGGGGUCCUCACCAUGGUACCUGGGGUAUGGUCAGGUCGUCCAGUAACUCUCCUCCAUGUCUUCAGUUCUGCUCGAGCUCUGCUCUAGUUUCCUGCGCCCGCCCAGAAGUCACGUGCCCGCCGGAAGUUGUAGUCCCCUCCCAGCUCCUCACAGUCAGUUCAGUGCGGCUCUGACUACACUUCCCAGAGACGCUGUGCGUCCGGACGUUUCUCUACGCCACCGCGCAUUGGAGUUGAUUGCUAUGGAAACGGUAUUGCGGUAUGUGAAAAAAAUCAUAUCGAAAAGAAAAAACACACCGGUAUUCAGUAUGAACCGGCAUACCGCCCAGCACUAGUUGAAAUAAUGUUUUAUUGUUUUUUUUCACCUAUAAAUCUUUCACGUUGGGAGAGGGGGGUUGUUUUAAUAAACAACAUCAUCAGCCACUUUUUAUUAUCAUUGUAUUUUAAUUCAUCGUAUGUUCUGUGUGUGAAAGGAAGUUCGUGUUUUGUUUUGUUUCUUGUUUUUGUUCUGUUUUAUAUGAGGAUUCUGAGCAGGAAUGUAGAGAAACCUAAUGCGCUAGCUAAUCGGAGGAAAGAAUAUUGAGGAAGAUUUGUAAAUAUUUAUUUAGAUCUUUGCUAUUUAUUGCAAGUGAUUAGAAUAUGGCAGUGGAAAAUGUCACCCGGGGAGCACUUGUGAAUACUGAUGAAUGGCUGAGAGUUAAUGAACAGCCAUAUUCUGGUUACUGCGGGAGACAAUGAAUCUAUCGGUAGUCUAUCGAUUUUACAUAUACUCCCACAGUGUGGUUUUAUUUUUUUGUUAACAUUCAGCUUCAUACAUAAAGUCAGCAUGACGUGACUGCACUUUCUUAAGAUGACAACAUCAUCUUCCUCAGUCCAUCCAUACGAGAUAAACCACUCCACUGCUGUAAUGGGCUAUGGUACAAUCCUGGCAGAACAGAUACUUAUAUACAAUAUCUGCAGUAUCGAUCCAGACCUAUGAAUGAAAGUGUAUUGUGAAAAAAUAAAUAAAAAUACAUUGAUGUAAUAUCAUUCCAAGAAACAUACAAUAUAAUGGUUAUCUGCAUGAGAUUGAGACUUGUGUUAUUUGGGCUUCUUUUCCUGUGUCUUUUGACAUGGUUGCACAUUGCAGAGUCAAAUCUGUGUGAAAACUAUAAAAAAAAAAUCAAUUAAAGAUUGUGGCCUGGUUUUGUAUAUGUUGUAAGUUAAAGUAAAAAAAGAAAAAUGACAAAAAAGAAAAAUGUUUUGAGACAGUUACUACAAAACUGAAUUCACUUCUGUUUCUUAAGCUGUACUAAGAUGUUAAGCUUGGCCACUCUGCACAUUGUAAUUAUCCAUUGUGGCUGGUCUAGUUCUUUGACACAUUCUGCCAUUUUGUAAGCUGCUCUUACUAGCAAUAUGUGUUAACAUUUGUUAAUAAAUGUAUUUAAAAUCAAA